AUGGCCGGCCCAGCUCGGCCUGCCUCAUCUCUCCCUGCGAGGCGAACAGGGUUGCGCCAACCGACUCGACGAGCUGGUUCUGCUGUGCCAGAACGGGGAGUAUCGCCAGCAGUGAGUGCGAGGCCCAGCGGAAUAUCAAGCACCGCCGCCACAGCGCGUGUCUCGAAGCCAAAUUCAGAACCGCCAUCCGUGCCGGUAAAGCGAAAGGAGAGAGACUUUGAUCGUGAGAUCAACGCGGACACCAGUAUCCAUGUGGUAGUACGUUGUCGCGGUCGCAAUGAUCGCGAGAUUCAAGAGAACAGCGGGGUAGUUUUGUCUACUGAAGGUGUCAGUGGAAAGGCAGUUGAUUUGUCUAUGGGACCCAAUUCGUUGUCAAAUAAAACAUACGACUUCGAUAAAGUAUUCUCACCUGCUGCGGACCAAACAGUCGUAUAUGAGGAAACCGUACUGCCGGUCUUGAAUGAAAUGCUUGCAGGAUACAACUGUACGAUUUUCGCAUACGGCCAGACUGGAACAGGCAAGACAUAUACAAUGUCUGGUGAUAUGACCGACACAUUGGGAAUACUAUCAGAUGACGCGGGUAUUAUUCCCCGAACACUGUAUUCAUUGUUCAACAAGCUUGAAGGGACCGAAAGCACCGUCAAAUGCUCUUUCAUUGAGUUGUAUAAUGAAGAGUUGCGUGAUCUUUUGUCGGUCGAUGAUAAAACCAAGUUGAAAAUUUUCGAGCACGAGAAGAAGGGGCACGCAGCCACCUUGGUCCAAGGAAUGGAGGAAACAUACAUCGAUUCGGCAUCUACAGGUAUCAAGCUACUGCAGUCGGGAAGUUUCAAGCGUCAAGUGGCCGCCACAAAAUGUAACGACCUCAGUUCCCGAAGUCACACUAUAUUUUCGAUCACUGUCCUUACAAAUCGAACAACUGAGUCUGGUGAGGACUACGUUAGCUAUGGAAAGCUGAAUCUGGUCGAUCUGGCGGGUAGCGAAAACAUUGGGCGAAGUGGCGCAGAAAACAAGCGAGCAGCAGAAGCUGGUCUAAUCAACAAAAGUUUACUCACACUGGGGCGAGUCAUUAAUGCCCUGGUGGAUAAGGGCUCGCAUAUUCCUUACCGGGAGUCGAAGCUCACCCGUUUAUUGCAAGAUUCCCUCGGCGGCCACACGAAAACAUGUAUAAUUGCAACGGUUUCGCCUGCGCGACACAACUUGGAAGAGACGAUUUCAACCCUUGAUUAUGCAUUCCGCGCGAAGAAUAUCCGCAACAAACCACAGACUAAUUCUUUGGUCACAAAAAAUAAGUUGUUGCGUGAUAUUGGAAUGGAGAUCCAAAAACUCAAGAGUGAGCUCAUUGCUACACGCCAUCGAAAUGGUGUUUACAUGACCCCAGAGGCUCACGAAGAGAUGACGAUGGAAAGCGAAUCUCGGCGAAUCGUCAACGAAGAACAGCGUGCCAAGAUCGAGUCUAUGGAGUCCAGCCUGCGCCACAAGGUGCAGGAACUAUUCGCUCUCACGGGUAACUUCAAUACACUGAAAGAAAACAACGAGAGCACUCGGCACACUCUCAAGUCCACUCGGGGUGUUUUGGAGCAAACCGAGAGGAGUCUAAAGACGACGUCCGAGAAAUUGGACGAGGAGACGACAGUACGCAGGGCCCAUCAGAUUACCGAGAAAAAGCUGCGCGAAAUGGGCGUGGACCUCUUAAGCACUUUGGACGGCACUGUUGAGGACGUCUACGGACUGCACGCCAAAAUUGAACGCAAAGAUGACCUCGAAACCGACAACUACCAAACAUGGCAAACUUCCACAGGGGACGUUUGCACUGUCACUCAGCAGAUCGAUGCCCGCAUGGGAAGCUUUCAAAACCAGCAUGCUGAGCUUCUUGACAGUAUAUCAACUCGCAUCAAUAACUUCGUUGGGAGUGAGAUUAACGAAAUCCAAUCAACUCGGUCAAAGCUUCAAGAAUAUGACUGGAAAUUUGACAAAGUUGAAAUUGAAGCCAAAACUCGUGCGAGUGGAGCGCGAGAUGAAAUGAAUGAGGUUCUGGAAGAAAUAAAGAUUCUUCGCGAGGACGUCAAAACCAAGGUGGGCGAAGGGCUGAACGGACUUUCAGCUGCAGCUGCUCGAAUUUCCGAAGAGGUGAUUGGAGAAUUCUCAGAUUUCCAUUCGCAGCUGCACUCUUCGUACAGUGAUCUUGGUAAAGAUUUCAAAGCGAUGUUUGAGAAUAUGACAAGCCACUUGGAACAACAGAAGACCGAAAUCAAUCGGCUCCGUCACGAACUGCAGGAAUCCAACCGACAAGCUGUUGAGGCGAACCGCAAAGCAUCUUCCAACUUCGCCCAGACUUUGGAAGAAGAACAAGCGAGUGUCCAAGCCGAACGAGACAAUCUUAUGUCUCAAAUCCGGAAUCUGCUUGAUGAUUCGAAUCAAAGACAAUCAAAUCGACUCAAGACUAAGGUUGAGCGCCUACGCACAGAUCUUUCUGUAUCAAGCGAUUCUCUGGAACAAGCUACCGUGCAACAUGACCGACAAGUCGACGAAUGGAUCUUCAAAGAGGAGCAGUUUGCGAAGGACGUUACUGCAUCCCGGGAAGACAUCAAAACCAGGAUGCGAAACGACUGGGAGACCUUCGACCAACGCAAUGCUUCGAUUCAACGUGCUACAGAGUCAGUACAUCAAGAAACGGUGCGUAUUGUGGAUGCACAGAUGAGUGAUAUGAGCAAGCAAAUGGAAGCCCUCGAUGAUUUCGUUGCAAAGGCUCGGACUCAUAAUGGUCGUUUCCAUGAAGCCCAACUUGGCAAUCUCGAUUCCAUGGCGAUGAACGUGCGAGACUCUCGCGCCGUCGUUCAAGGUCAACUGGAUGGCUUUGAUUCGCGUAUUGGUCAACUCGAACAAGAUGCCAACAUGCACACUACAGAAUUGAAGCAAUCGACUGCGCCUCUCGAAAGAGAGGUUUGUCUACCCCUCAAGGAUCUUCGAGACAAAAUACAAAGCCACCCUAUCAAGAAAUACAGCCCGACAGGUGCUACUCCCCAGAAACGGAAAUAUGAAUACCCUACCAGCCUGCCACGCACGGAGUCUCAUGAAGGUCUUCGGUCCCGACACCGGACAUCCAAACAAUUCACUGCUCUUCCAUUUAAUGAGGAAGAAGAUACCCAAACAGGCGCCGUUUCCAGCUCUCCUGCUGCCUCUCCCUCCAAAAACUUCGUUUACAGCGACCCCGCGGAACCAAUAGAAACACAGCCUUCAUCGGCACCUGCAACCUAUAUCAAUACCGGCCUUAGGGAGGUCGAUCUCAAUGUCGCCAAGCCCAUUUCACCUGAACUCGCUGAUGAAAACCCUCUCGCCGCCAAGUCCGAAACGCCAGUGGUGAACGGUGUUAUAGAUCUGGAAAGCACCCCUGAGAGAGACGAGUCUGAACAGCCACCUCUCAAACGUCGUCGCUCUGGCUCGAACAAUACGAGCAACACUGUUGAAACCAAGCUCCCCCAGAAGAUGCUUUCCAAAAAAAUGGCCGGCAUGAUGGAAGGCCGUGAGAACGUACCGCUGUCUGGCAUCCCGGGAGGGCGUCGGUAUAACCGAGACCGGCCGUCCAACUAG